CAACACACUCGAGGCCUUUUUCACGGGGAUUUUGCUGAAACAGAACACUAGUUAAAAGAGACAAUUGGUUACGCAGGUUGUCUACAAGUGUGCAGAACAAAGCUGUUUAUUAAUGGCAGUAAAGUGUACACAUGGCAGACCAUGGACAUCUUGCCACCUUGAUUUUGCUUGUUUUGAGAGACAGGGAGUUGAACGACAACGACCAUUUCUCACUUUCUCUUAGCAAGCAGUUAACUUUGAUCUCUGAUUCCCACCUCAAAAUCGCCUCCUCCUUCUGUAUAUGUGUUCCUCCGAGUUUCUGGUUCAGACUUUGGAAAGGUUUCCAAAGCUAUGGAAGAUGAAAGGGAAAUAAUCUAUUCAAGAAGCCCACAAGUUUCCGGCUACUCGGACAAGGAAGGAGUGGUUGAAUUGAGGAGCUUUAGAUUGUGCCUGAAAUGGGUGUGUCUGGACCAAUCCAAUAUCUGGAGAUCUGGGCUCUCAUGGUCUAUCUUCUUUCUCUUCUCCUUUGGAGUCCCACUUUUAUCCAACUUUGCCCUCUCGUGUUCUAGCUGCGACGAUGACCAUACCCGGCCUUAUCACUCUGUGGUACAGAUAUCUCUUUCUAUAUUCGCCACGCUCUCCUUCGUUUGCCUCACUCGUUGGGCUCGUAAAUUUGGUCUCAGAAGGUUUCUCUUCCUUGAUAAAUUAGGCGAUGCCAGUGACAAAGUCCAACAUGGGUAUGCAGAGCAGCUCCAGAGGUUAAUGAAGCUCCUGUUGGUUUUUAUCCUCCCCUGCUUUGGUGCCGUUAGUGCCUACAAGGUUUGGUGGUAUGUCUCAGGAGCUAGAGAGCUUCCCUAUUAUGGUAACAUCUACCUCAGUGACACUAUUUUAUGCACAUUGGAGCUGUGUUCGUGGCUUUAUCGGACGUCAGUUUUCUUCCUCGUCUGCUUUCUCUUCCGACUUAUUUGCUAUCUUCAAAUACUCAGACUAGAAGACUUCGCUCAAACUUUCCAGAAAGAAACUGAGGUGGAAUCAAUCUUACUGGAACACCUCGGAAUCAGAAGAAAUCUUCGGAUCAUCAGCCAUCGAUUCCGAGCAUUCAUUUUGUCGUGUCUAGUUUUAGUCACGGCCAGUCAGCUCAUUUCUCUUCUCAUGACAAUUCGGUCCAGUGCUAAGGUCAAUAUCUUCAAGGCUGGAGAACUUGCAAUAUGCUCAAUUAGCCUGGUGACUGGGCUUUUCAUAUGCCUGCGCAGUGCGAUAAAGAUCACACACAGAGCACAUUCCAUUACAAGUCUUGCUGCAAAGUGGCACGUCUGUGCCACAAUAAACUCUUUCGAUAACACGGAUGGUGAGACUCCAAGAGCUCAGAUCACUUCCGCUCAAGUAUUUCGUAUGGGUGCUGUCUGGGAAUCAGAUGAUGAAGAAGGGGAUGGAGAUGAUGAUCUAGACAACACCAAGUUGGUGCCAAUCUUUGCGCAUACAAUUUCAUUCCAGAAAAGGCAAGCUCUAGUGACAUAUUUGGAGAACAAUAAAGCAGGAAUCACAGUGUUUGGGUUCAUGCUGGACAGAACAUGGCUCCACUCCAUUUUCGUUAUUCAACUAGCUCUUCUACUCUGGCUGCUCAACAAGACAGUCGGUAUAUCUUAAUUUUCUUUUCUUUUCUUUCUUCUUUUUCUAGUCUUUUAGGAGAGAGUAGAGAAAGAGACAGAGAUGGGCGGACAGAUUUGUAUGCAUAGUUACAUGAAUCCUACAAUUAUAUUCAUUACAAAUGUAAAUUCUGUAACUUAGCGCACACAUUGUUUGCUCUUCAUGCAUGUAACAAGAGUGAAGAAAGGAAUCAAAGCUCCGAAACAUUAUUUUUAUUGGCA